UAUCCUGACAUGCACAUGCGUCAUGUAGGCCUACGCACGCCUUUGGAGAGGCUGCAUAUAAACCGAUAGCCGGAGACGCCUCGUCCAUUUAGGUAGUCCGUCUGAACGUGGUAAUGGCGAACGAACUGUUCCUCGGCACGACUCUCUCCUCUGGACAGAAGCGAGACACUUUGGACCUUUACACUUAACACUUCGUUUCUGCUCUUGAUUGAGUCAUUAGUCACUCUCUGUGCUAUUUCAAUGUGUUUUGAGUCACGGAGUGAAGUAAUAUAUUGUGCUGCUACCAACGCCUGUAAUCGACCAGGUAGUACCGCUUUCUAAGAUUAAACCAAAGAGGUUUUUUUUGCUCCAAAACACAAAAAGUGACAUUAGGACUUCCCGGGGAUCCGAAACAAUGGGAUCAGCAACACCCCGCGCGCCAUGUCGAGACGGCUCGCGCGCCCCAUCCGUAAUGACACCGAACAGCCAACGAUGCAGCUGAUGACGCCGAGAUGAAGCGCGCGGCUCUCUGACAUAACGAACAACAAACAAAAACAAAAACUAACUACCAGAAUGUUCUCCGAAGUGGGGAACGCGAGCGACGAGGACCUGCUGAGGUCGCUCGAGCAGGAGUGGAGCGACCGGCCGCAUGAGCUGCUGACGCGCACCGGGCACACGGUGGUCUCCGUGUUCCUGGGCUCCAUCAUGGUGUUCGGCUUCCUCAACAAUCUGGUGGUGCUCGUGCUGUUCUGCAAGUUCAAGACGCUGCGCACGCCCGUCAACAUGCUGCUGCUUAACAUCAGCGUGAGCGACAUGCUCGUGUGCGUGUUCGGCACAACGCUCAGCUUUGCGUCCAGUCUGCACGCGCACUGGCUGUACGGGAGGCACGGGUGCAUGUGGUACGGCUUCAUCAACUCGUGUUUCGGCAUCGUGUCGCUGGUGUCGCUGGCACUGCUCUCCUACGACCGCUACAGCACGCUCACCGUGUGCAACAAGCGGGCGCCCGACUUCCGCAAGCCCCUGGCGGCCGUGGCGGGCGCCUGGCUCUACUCCCUGCUGUGGACCGUGCCCCCCCUGCUUGGCUGGAGCAGCUACGGCCUGGAGGGUGCCGGCACGAGCUGCUCCGUCACCUGGACCGAGCACAGCCCCUGCUCCCACUCCUACAUCGUGUGCCUCUUCCUCUUCUGCCUGGCCGUGCCCGUGCUGCUGAUGGUGUACUGCUACGCCCGGCUCCUCUACGUCGUCAAGCAGGUGGGUCGGAUCCAGCGGUCGGCGGUGCGGCGGAGGGAGUUCCGCAUCCUGUUCAUGGUGCUCACCACAGUGGUGUGCUACCUGCUGUGCUGGAUGCCGUACGGCGUGGUGGCCAUGAUGGCCACCUUCGGGCGGCCGGGGAUCAUCACGCCGGUGGCCAGCGUGGUGCCCUCCAUCUUGGCCAAGAGCAGCACCGUCAUCAACCCGCUCAUUUACAUCCUCAUGAACAAGCAGUUCUACCGGUGCUUCCUGCUGCUGUUCCACUGCCGGCCUCACGGGGGCGCCCUGGACACCGGCCAGUCCUCCAUGCCCUCCAAGACCACUGUGCUGCGGCUCAACCGCCGCGUCUACAACACGCCCAUGCCCGCCGGCACCCUGCAGCCGUCGGACUCCACGGGGGCCGCGGCGCCGCUCGCAGCGAAUAUGGGGGCCCCAGCGGCCCCGGGGGUGAGCCCCGCGUCCCCACGAGACGGGGGGCGGAUUGGGGACGCGGGGAGCGACGGAUUCCCUCGAGGGGCCUACUGAACGUAACUGGGAUGUGUGGGUUUUUUGUUGCCCAAGGGUAGCUGGCUGUGCGGUCGUCGUUGGCACAGGGAAGACAAAACUUUGGUAUGGUCAUGCUGUUUGUUUAGAGUCAUGCUCCAUUGCCAAACCCCGCCCUCGGCGCAAUCCCCUUUCCAUGGAUACCAUGGCGAUGAACCUCGCUUGGGGUGACCCUGGGAUCCUAGCUUGCCUGCUACCUGUGUUUGUUAAAGUCUAUGCCGUGGUCGUUGUGGACGUGUGUGACAUCACCCCGUACAAUACCGUUGUAGCGUGUCGUGUAGAAACCUCCCUUCUCCCUUGAGCCACCAGGUGGGCCGAUUGCAUGGCGACGAGGACAUGAAGUGCACGUCUUAAAUGUUCCAUUCUGAAGUUUGUUUGCUCGGUUAGUUUUUCCCAGCAUCCUCUCCUUCACCUUGAUUGUUCAAGUGUUCAGGUUCAGGACCACCGCAGAGCCUGUUUUAAAAUCGACUGGGAAUAAAGGAUAGAGAGAAAACAUUGUUGUCAUUCUUCUGGGGGUGCGGACAUGACAGUUAUGAAGACUUCAGGGACUGGUGAAUAUUUUGCCAUGGUGGGAGGGAAGGACGCCUGCAAGGACUUCUGGGUCAUGCCCAAAAAUUCCUGUUUUCUUUCCAAACGAUGGAGAGUUGCUACCUGGGAUUCAGGACAGAAUAGAUCACAUCGGACGCCACCGCCAGGGCACUCAAACCUACCCCCCCCCAACCCCAGCAUAGGCAAUGCGUGCGUUGUCUUUCUGUUGAACUCUAGGUCAACAUUAAAAUUGUGUCGCACCUUAUUAGAAAUUCGACCACGUAAUACGGCUUCCACCCCUACAUCUAUGUGCCUAAUCCAAAACAUUUUUGGAAUUUUCUGCACGCCCUGGUAGGUGGUUGGGAGAAAUGAGGAAAUGAGAGAUACCAAGUUCCGCCCUCAAGAAAGCACAGCUUCAUGGUAAUUGCCGUUGUACAAUGUUCUGGGUGUGGCGAGUGCUUCAAUAAAGUGAAUCCGCCUUGGGGACAACUUCACAUUUA